AUGGAUCCGCAGCGGCCCACGGACUGGGCCGCCAUGAACGGGCAGCUGCCGCCCAUGUUCGUGCCGCACCACGGCGGCAUGGCCAUGCGGCCGCAGAUGGUGCCGCAGGGCGGCGGCCAGAUGCUCCUCCCGAGCGAGCACAUGUUCGUGCCCCCGGGCGUCGUCCUCGACGCGUCGCAGUUCGCCGCGCACGCGGCCGCGCGCGCGCGCCACGACUACGGCGCGCCGAUGCGCCCGGAGCACUUCGCGCCGCGCCUGCCGGCGCCCGCGCCGGCGCCCGGCGCGCCGGGCCACGCGGCCCACGCCCCGCACCCGGGCGCGGCGCACGCGGCGGCGGCCCACGCCCACGCGCAGCACCAGGCGCACGCCGCGCACGCGGCGCGCCGCGCGGCCGAGGUCCACGCGGCGCAGCGGAGCGCGCCGGCGCCGCCCUUCGCCGGGCCGCCGCCGGUGGCGCCGCCGCCGGUGGCGCCGCCGCCGGUGGCGCCGCCGCCGGCGCCCUUCGCCGCGGCCCCGGCGCCGCCGCCGGCCCCGGCGCCCGCGGCGCCCGCGGCGCCCGCGGCGCCCCCGGCGCCCGCGGCCGAGGCGCCCCCCUCGGCGGCCGCGGCCGCGGCCGCGGCGCCGGCGCCCGCGGCCGAGGCCGGCGCGGCCAAGGCCGACGACAAGGCGAAGAAGCCCGCGGCGAAGAAGGAGAAGGGCGCGCCCAAGCCGAAGAAGGCGCGCGCGCCGAAGGCGCCCGCCGGCGACAAGGCGCCCAAGGCCGACGGCGACGGCGGCCCCGACGGCAAGGCCAAGGACGGCGAGAAGAAGAAGCCGGCGAAGCGCGCGCGGGCGAAGAAGGAGCCCAAGCCCAAGGCGACCGGCGACGGCGCGUCGAAAAAAGAGGGCGAGGCGAAGAAGAAGCCGUCGGGCUCCGGCGGCGGCGGCGCGGGCGCGGCGACGAACAAGCCGCCGGACUUCGUCGUCAAGCUCUACGCCAUGUUCAGCGAGCUCGGCUCCGAGCUCAUCACCUGGGACAGCGGCAAGAUCGUCAUCCCCGGGCCGUCGAGCCGCCUCGCGGCCGUGCUGCCCAAGUACUUCCGCCACGGCAAGUUCACGUCGUUCCAGCGCCAGCUCAACAACUUCGGCUUCCACAAGAAGAUCUCCGAGUCGUCGUCGAAGAUGCGCAUCUACACGCGCGCCGACAUGCUCGGCUUCCCCGCGGAGGCGCUCCUCGACCUCCGCCGCAAGCCCGGCGCGUCGUGCGCGUCGUGGGAGCCGACGGCGAACGUCUGCUCCAUGCUCGAGAAGGUCGGCGCCGACGACCCGUCGCCGGGCGGCGUCCGCGAGCAUCGUCGGAGUCGGGGGUCCCUCCUCGACGACGGCGUCAUCGGCGGCGACGCCAUGCUCGACGACGAGUCCACGGGCGGCGACGACGGCGUCUUCGCCGCGCGCGUCGCGAGCCUCGCGCCGCCGGCGCCGGCGCCGGCCGCGGCGACGAAGCGGCGCAAGGGCGAGGCCCGGGAGAAGCCCACGGCCCUCGAGGCGGCGCCCCCGCCCCUCGACGCCUUCGGCGACGUCGACAUGGAGGACCUGAGCGACGACGGCGGCGGCGGCGGCGGCGACGCCGGCCCCGCGGCCGCGGAGCUCGUGCCGCUGAGCGCGAACAUCCCCCUGAGCAGCGACAUGGACGUGAGCGGCCUCGUCGACGGCGGCGCCGAGGACGAGAUGGAGGGCUUCUUCGCCUUCCUCGACAACCAGGUCUGCGGGUCCGUCGUGUCGGCCGAGCGCGGCGACCUCUUCAAGGACGACAACCUGAGCCUCCUCGUCUCCGUGCGGCCCGACGCCGGCCCGGCGGGGCCCCUCGCCAUGCUCCAGCUCGACGCCUUCGCGGACCACGUCCCCGGGGACCACGAGGCGCCGGGCGACGCCAUGGACGACGACGACGCGGACGCCGCGGCCGCCGCGGCGCUCCUCGAGCCGCCCGACGGCUAG